UUAUAUAAAAGGAGUGACUCAUAGUUGUACAAUACAUAUGCUUUAAACGGCUUUGAAUAAACGACGUAUAAGUAGUUUAUAACGUCCAGUAUAUUUUAACACGCAGCUUUAGUGUGUAGCGAGCAACGUGAAGACACUAUGAUUAAGGGAAAAUUAUUUGUUAUUGUUUUUUGUGUUAUCUUCAUCAUUGUUACCGGAGAGGAUGAAAAAGAAUCCUUUUGUAAUGAAUAUUGCGAAAACAAAAUGGAUUCUGUCUUUUGUCUUUUUUCCGGAUUUAGAGAUGACAUUCUUCAAAUCUUGUACGACUGUGCUCGACCUUUCAUUCCAAUUAACUCCAAUUAUUUUGCCAUCUAUUUUAUAUUCUUUACAAGCGAUGUGGACAUAUACCCUAUCUAUGUAGACUGCAUGCUAAGCAACUUUACAGACGAACAAGUUGAACACCUUUUAGACAUUGCACAAGAGUGCUCAGAAAAAUAUAAUGUCAAUCACUUCCCGUAGAGGUUCUAAAAUAUUUUUCUUAAUUCGGAAACCUUCGAAUGAAAUCUCUAUACAGUACAGCGUCGUUUAUCCGAAU